AACUGGAUUCAGCUGAGAUCUGACACAGACAUUCCCUUCGCCUAAUAAUCUCGAACUGAUCUGAUCUAAUUUAUAUUACCUAUGGAUAGAAGACCAUCAGGAUUUUCUAAAAUACCUACAAUUGGUUCACGAUCUGUUCUUAUCGCUAUUGAUGGAUCGGAACAUUCAAAAAACGCUUUUCAACAUUAUCUGAAAUGGCUUCAUAGACCAGAUGAUACUGUGACAAUAUUUCAUGCUGUAGAACCAAUCUCCCUACCGAGUAUUUCAUUAUCAAAUCCAAUUAGUGUACCAAGUGAUGAAUGGUCAAGUAUUGUACAAGAUAAUGUUAAGCGUGUUCGACAACUUGAAGAUGAUUAUAGUGCGGAGUGUAUAGGUCGUAAUCUAACAUAUCAAUUCCUUUAUGAACCUGUUGAACAUAUUGGUUCAGCUAUUGUACAAAAAGCUGAAAAAUAUCAUGUGAAUUUACUGGUGGUUGGCAGUCGUGGACUUGGUGCUAUCAAACGGACAAUUAUGGGCAGUGUAAGUGAUUAUGUUGUACAUCAUGCGAAUACAGCGGUUUGUGUUGUACCCUACAUUGAUGAACAGAAAAGCAAUUCGAAAAGUUGAAUUUCCCACGUCUUUUUCAAUGAUUCAAUAUAUACAUACACAUAUAUAUUUCAAUGAAACAUUGAACCAUUGAACCACCGCCAUAUUUCAAUUGGGAAGAAAUCGUGAUCAACCAUUAUUAUAAAGGUUUGUUUAAUAGACAACAUUUCUUCAAUUGACACUAGUGAUAUACAAAUAUAUUUUAUCGACUUAUUUUUGGUAGUUAUCUGAUUUCAUCUUGUGUUUUUCACCCGUUAAGCUUGUUUGUUUAAGUGUGUGUUGAUGUGGCUAUGUGUUGGUCACCAAUUUCGCGCAUUUUUUAAAAUCUCAUCACAUUUCAAGUUUUUUUCAUUCUUUUGUAAAUUCAUAUUUUUCUUCAAGAAAAUGGGCUAGUGAUUGUUAGUGUGAACUCAUUACUGUUGAUGUUUCGUCUUGUAUAUGACUCAUCAGCUGAAAAUUAAUUUAGACUUUAGCCUACAUUGAAAUAUUUUGAGAAUAAAUAGAGAUUUUGCUUUGAUUUCGUCAUCUGUUACUGUGUAAAAUAAUAAACGAAUAUAC